AUAUCCCAACACACAAAACCACAAAGAAAAAAAAUAAAAAUAAAUAAAUAAAUAAAUCAUGAGUACUAGCACCGUUGCUGUUGGUGUUGCCCUUGCCCUUGUCUUCUCACAUAUAGCUACCCUGUUUGUGGCAUCUGCAGCAGGCCUUGGGUGCGAUGCACCAGAGCAGGGCCCAGACCUCCGCGUCCUCCACGUCAACAGCCCCUGCUCCCCACUGAGGCCCAAGACAAUGCCCCUCUCGUGGGCGGACUCCGUCCUCCAGAUGCAGUCCAACGACCGAGCCAGGCUCCAGUACCUCACCAGCCUUGUCGCGGGCCGCUCCAUCGUGCCCAUAGCUUCGGGCCGGGCCAUCACCCAGAACCCGACCUACAUUGUCCGGGCCAAGAUAGGCACCCCCGCCCAGACCCUCCUCGUAGCCAUAGAUACAAGCAACGACGCCGCGUGGUUCCCCUGCGCUGGCUGCCUUGGCUGCUCCUCCGCCACAUAUAAUCCCUCCAAAUCCACCACAUUCAAGCCUGUCGCGUGCGGGGCCCCACAAUGCAGCCAGGUAACGGCCCCAAGUUGUAGCGGCACCACAUGCGGUUUCAACCGGACGUAUGGCAGCUCCUCAGUCGCGGCCGACCUCGUGCAGGACAACAUUACCCUGGCCACCGACCUCAUCCCCGCGUACACCUUUGGGUGCGUGCGCGGGACCACAGGCAACUCCUUCCCGGCGCAGGGCUUGCUUGGGUUGGGCCGAGGCCCACUAUCUCUACUCUCCCAAACCACUCAGCUCUACAACUCCAUAUUCUCCUACUGCCUCCCCAGCUACAAGUCGCCCAACUUUGCCGGAUCCCUCAGGCUGGGCCCCAACAGCCAGCCCAAGACCAUCAAAACGACGCCGCUCCUCAAAAAUCCCCGGAGGUCAUCUCUCUACUAUGUCAACCUAUUGGCCAUUAGAGUUGGGAGAAGAGUCGUAAACAUCCCGCCAUCUGCUUUCGCAUUUGAUCCCACCACAGGCGCAGGCACAGUAUUCGAUUCAGGGACGGUAUUUACGAGCUUGGUGAAGCCGGCGUACGUGGCAGUGAGGGACGAGUUUCGGCGAAGGAUGAACGCGACAGUGUCGACGCUGGGAGGAUUUGACACGUGCUACAAUGUGCCAAUCAACGUGCCGACCAUAACUUUCAUGUUCUCCGGGAUGAACUUCACCCUCCCGCAGGAUAACUUCAUCAUCCGAAGCUCGGCGGGCAACACAGCCUGCCUGGCCAUGGCGGCGGCCCCAGACUCCGGCGUGAACUCUGUCCUCAAUGUGAUCGCCAGCUUCCAGCAGCAGAACCAUCGCGUGCUGGUGGACGGCCCUAACUCCAGGCUCGGGGUUGCGCGUGAGCAGUGCAGCUAGAUUAAUUUUAAUGUGGGCACUUUAUUUAAUUGAAUCGCGAAUUUAAUUUUAUUUUGAAUUGCGGGAUUUCGUUGUGGUGUUUGUUGUUUUCUUGUGACUUUUGAAAUUGCUGUGCGGUGAGGUGAGGCAUAGUAUGGGGAUGGACAACUGUUGUUUGUUUGUAGUUUUGUGUUGGUCACGGGUGUGAGUGUGAUGGUUCGUUCAAUAUAUGAUAAUGUCUGUUUGCACUUUGCAGUGUGAUUUUGUCCUCUCUGUCUUUCUAUGCUAUCAUAUAUCGUGCUUCAAAACCAAAUCCGUCGUUUUGAUUCAUAUGGUAUAAACGUGUAAACAUGUGAUGUGAGUUGGGAACUUGUGGAUUGCCCAUUCUUAAUUAAUUUUGC